GGAGGGCAGUAAAGUAACAUCCAAGAUGCCAAUGACGUAAACGGCGCUCCAAGAAGAAGAAAGAAGGCGUUACUUUCGUAUCAGCAGCAGAAAGCAGCAGCAGCAUAAGGUUUGCAGUUUGGAAGAUAACUACGAAGACUACGCCACUUGAUAGAACAUGUCCCUAUCUGGCUGGAUAUGUGUGGUCACAGGUGCCUCGAGAGGCAUUGGGAAAGGAAUAGCACUGCAGCUUUCGGAGGCAGGCGCCACUGUCUACAUCACCGGACGUCAGGAGAAGACCCUUAAAGAAACUGCAACACAGGUAAACGAGAGGGGUGGAAAGUGUGUACCAGUCAUCUGUGAUUCGACCAGAGAUGACGACAUCGAAAACCUGUUUGAACGCAUAAAACAGGAACAGCGCGGUAGACUGGACCUCUUGGUAAACAACGCAUACGCAGGAGUACAGGCUAUCUUUGAGAACCAGGAUAAAAAAUUCUGGGAAUCCGAUCCAUCCAUGUGGGAUACAAUGAAUAACGCAGGCCUGCGAAGCCAUUAUAUCUGCUCAGUGUAUGCGUCCCGUAUGAUGGUGGCUCGAGGUCAGGGUUUAAUCGUCAACAUCUCAUCCAUGGGAGGGCUGCGGUAUCUCUUCAAUGUGCCAUACGGUGUUGGGAAAGCGGCAUGUGACCGCAUGGCAGUAGAUAUGGCUAUGGAGCUGCGGAGCAGGGGAGUGGCAUCAGUCAGCCUGUGGCCUGGACCAGUGAAGACAGAGCUAAUAACUCAGAUGGUGCUUGCAGAUGAUGCACCUGAAGAAGCAGAUUCCGAGUAUAAGGAUAUAUUUGCUAAUGGAGAAACCACUGAAUUUAGCGGCUUGUGCAUCGUCAACCUGGCUAAAGAUAAAAACCUGAUGUCACUGAGUGGAAAAAUUCUCAUGACUUGUGACUUGGCAAGGCGUUAUGGGAUCCAAGAUAUUGAUGGGCGGGGUAUAGUAGAUUUUACCACCCUCAAGUUCUUGCUGACCCAAGUGCCAUACGUCUCCUGGCUCUCAUCUUUUGUCCCUUCUUUCAUAAGAAUGCCACGCUUUCUGCUUCCCCUACUAAGCAACCAUUUCUAACCACAAGAUGAUGUGGUGUUGAAAACGUCUUUGUGACUGCUUAAACGAAAGAUGAAGGAAAGACUACUAUGUCGAAAAUUCUAAAUUUGAAUUCAGUCCGUGUGAAGAAUGCUGGUCAACCUCCAAUUUUUCCCACAUGUGGAAUCUGCUCCUUCCAGAUGGAAUUGUAGAAAUUGAUUAUCAUCCGUAUUUGGUUCAAACAGUUGUUAAAUACAUUGGCGGACUGUGAAUUUGGUAACUGAACCCUUUUAGAAACCAUCCAUAUUUAUUAAAAAAAACGGCACACAACCCUUUGCCAUAUCCAUGGAAGCACAAAAAAUAGGAAAUGUGAUUGUUUGUGAAUGUUUUUGGGCAACUUAAGACAUUAUUUUCCCUGAAUAUUUUGGUUGAACUCAGGUUUUGUCAGUUUGAUUGCAGUUCCAUUACAAGUUAUUACUUUAUCUAUUCGUAUUUAAUUUGAAGAAUGUAAAAUUGUAUUUGCGGUAAAUAUGAAGCCAUUUUGUAUUUCAUACAAAUGAAAAAUUUUCACAGUAUUUUUGAUGACAUGCUAAAGCAAUACACAUAUUUUUAAUACCAUCUUAUAUGUGAUGAAUAUGCAGUACAGUACUUCAAUAAAUAAAGUGAUGAGUCUGAA